AUGGUGCAGGCACUGGACGAGUACGACAUCCAGCCGGAUCUGCCGCAGGCGCUGCGAUUGCUGGACGAGAUGAACAACAACUUCCAGCAGGUGUCCGAUCUGGUGGGCAAUAUGCUGCAGCGAGUGAAAACCGGCGAGCUGUCGACCGAGUACGGGCUGAACUUUCUCGAGAUCAAGUACCACAUGCUGCUGAACUAUCUCAUCAAUCUGACGUACGUGGUGUUGCGGAAAUGCUCGGGGCACCGAAUCGAGAAAGAUCCAUCGAUCGAUCGGCUGAUAGAAAUACGAACCGUGCUGGAGAAGAUCCGACCCAUCGACUAUAAGCUCCGGUAUCAGAUCGACAAGCUGGUGAAAACGGCCGUCACCGGCAGCAGCACGGGCACCGCCGAUCCAACCGCGUUCCGUGCGAACCCAGCCAACCUGAUAUCACAGAUGCCGGCCCCGGGCGAGGAAGCCAGCCAGGGCGGUGGCAGUACGGCAGCGGCCCUGGCAGCAUCCGGUGAAGAUGGUCCCGAUCCAGACGACGGUGCCGACUCGGACAGCUCGGCGCAGGUCAUGCUGAAGCUGAAGCGCGCCAAGGAAGCGGCCAAAAAGGGAGGCGCCCCAGGCGGUGACCGUGGUGGUGCUGAUGGUGCUGGUGCGGCACGACGCUCCAAGUCGGACGUGUACGUGCCACCCAAACUGACAUCGAUGCCUUACGACGAGGACACGAAGCCAGACCGGGCCCGCAAGCAGCUGGAGCGCGCAAAAAAGCAUGCCCUCGGUUCGUCGCUGAUACAGGAUCUGAAGGACGAGUAUCUGGACACGCCGGUCGAGCUGUCGAGCAGCUCGCGCGCCCAACAGAUCCUGUCCCGCCGCGAGCGGGAACGGGAGGAGUACGAGGAGACGUAUCUUACGCGCCUGCCGGUCACGAAGGCGGACAAACACCGCAGCAGGAAGCUAACGACGCUAGCUUCUCUGGGCGAUGAACUGACGAGCUUCACGGAUAUAAGCGUGCUGAACGAAGACUAUCCUUCCACGUCUGCAGGCGGUGGUGGCGGAAAAAAACGCAAAGCUGGAAAAGUGAACAAAAAGCACGGUAAGAAACGUCGCUUCCGUUAAAUUGUCCCACCACGGGGACAAACGUAGCACCUUCGAGCGAGCGGAAGAAAGAAAGAAAAAAACAGGAAAUGGAAGCAUCGGUACCAGCCACUACACAGCAUCCUGCAAAAA